CACGGGGAAAUCAGUAGGCAACAACAGGAUCACGAUUCAAGUAGGCUACCAAAAACGUCACGUGAAAUGAAAAAUAAUUAUUUUUUGCAAUUCUUCCUAGCGAUCACUACAAUGUCCGUUUGCCGGGCUGGUGAAGUUAUUGCAACGUCAAUAGGGGAAUUUGAAUCAAAAGCUGCUUGUCCUGGAUUCCUGCAGAACGACGCCACAGUGCCUUGCUGGACUUUGAACGGCAAAUGCUAUUGCUUUUCUACAGUAAAGCGCCUUGAGUGGGUGAGUGCGGAUACCUUCUGCAGAGACGAAAACAUGCGACUGCUGAGUAUUGAAACUUUCGAAGAAGAUCAGUUAAUCUACAACCAAGUCAAAUCAAUAUCACAAUUGCCCAGCACAGACUACUAUUGGACUUCGGGAAAGUACUCGAGCAAUCGAUGGGAAUGGGCGUCUACUGAACCUUACCAAUCAAUGAAUUAUACCAAUUGGUAUACAGGAGAACCUUCUCAUAGCCAAACUGGAAGCUUCGCCUACAUCAACUUUAACUUUAACAACAACGGAUUAUGGUUCGAUGAAAUUGGUCCCACUAUUAUCCUUUUCAUUUGCGAGUCGAUUGGUGGUGGCACACCAACGACGACCGAUGCAUCAACAGCAUCGACUACCACAGUAACUACAAAAGCAACAACAGAAACAACCAAGACCACGACAACCUCAACGACCUAUCAACCCUUAAAUUGCCCCAACUAUCUCCAAGACAACUUUGACGUUCCCUGCUGGACUCUUGGGAACAAAUGCUAUUGCUUCUCCCAACUCAAAAGGGACUGGGCGGGUGCGGAUAGUUUUUGUCGUGGAGGAAACAUGGCUCUGCUCAAAAUUGAAAGUUCGCAGGAAAAUGAUUUGAUCUACAAUCACUAUUUAGCCACCCCAGGAAUAACCAAAGACAUCUACUGGACUUCAGGACGAUACUCUCGAGAUGGUAAUAAGGAAUGGGAGUGGGCUACUACACCGCCGUACGCAGAAUUCAAUUAUACCAAUUGGUCGCCUAACUCUACCUCCGGUCCUCAACCCGAUUUCUGCCUUCCAAACGGAAGCGACUGCAACCCAGCGUAUGCCGAGCAAUUCAGCGUCGAUAUUUCUUUCUUUAUUGACGGACGUUGGUACGACGCUGUCAACACCCUGGCGAUGAAAUUCAUUUGUGAAUCUAUUGCAUGAAAUCAAAGCUAAGAAAUUAUACCUUGCAGGCUUAAGUGAAGAGUGCAUGAUGCCUACAUAAAACAAAACUUUUUUCUGAUAGUAGAAAAUGAAAAACAAAAAAAUUAA